CUCGUUCUGUCGCCCAAAAACAACUUUGGCCAUCAUGCUGCAAUCAAUGUCGCUUCGCCAAGCAGACAACGUCUCCUUCGAGUUCAACGACUGCCUCGGCUUGCAAGCGCAGACAACCGUAGCCACUUUCACCAGCAUGGCACAGCUCGACGAGACCACCUCUCCGAUUAUUGACUACGAGUCGUUCAACGCCGUCAAGGAAUGCGACGAUGACCCUUCCUUCCUCGAGUCCAUUGUCAACGACUACAUUGAGCAACUCGAGUCCAAGAAGGUCGAGCUCUUCGACUUGCAUCAAAAGGGCGAGCUGCAGCAGUUCUCCCAGGUUGCCCAUUUCUUGAAGAGCAGCAGUGCCACGCUGGGCGUUGCACGGUUACGGUACCUGUUUGGCAAGCUGCAAAUCUUUGCCCAAGAAGGCGCACAAAAGGACCCCGCCAAAGUGAACGAGCUUGUCCUCAAGGUCGAUCCGCUGGUGGACGAGGCGGUGGCCAAGCUAAAAUCCGAGGUCGACGAGGCCAUUCGCGCUGCUUCGUCGUGAGCAUCUGCGUUCUUCGGUGCAUGAUCGUGUUAUUGUCAACUUUAAUAUAGUAGUUACAUUGA